UCGCGGAAGUUUUGAUAUUUUGUGAUUCUACGUAUUUUGAGCUGCUUUUUCCGAAUUUUUAUUUUGCCACCUCGUAUCUUUGCCGCUGUCACCGCCAUAUUGCAAUAAAUUGUAAAAAAAGAGAUUUUUUUAAAAUAUCUCGUUACUCGUUGCUUUUGCAGUAAAAAUGGUUAUGUAGUAAAUUAAACUACAUAAUUUUCUUUACCAAAUUGGUUCUUAUUAUUUUUUUCAUAAAACUAACCGUUUUCGUGUACGAGAAUUACAAAGUUGAGCAAGUACGCAGCGUACAAAGCAAUACGAAUUUUAUUCAUUGAGCCUACCGCUCGAGACUAAAAGUUGGAUACGAAUCUCGUAAGCUGAUUGACACCUUGGCUUCACUAGAAUUUUGUUCCUCGUACACGGAAGCAACACUUUUUAAAGUUUCGGAUUUGAUGCGCCGUCCUUUGGGUAUUAACGGGAGUGUCACUUCACAGUUCGUUUUCGACAAUGCAGACUUUAAUACUCGAACCCUGGAUAACAGAAACACUGUUCAUGCCAUGGGAGGCAUCCAUUGUAUAACGCCCGCAAAUGCCAUUGCUCCUGAUUACAAAAAUACCGUCAGCUCAGUACAUCGAAGAUUCUGGUAGCAUUGCACUACGCAGCCAUGAGAAGAUAAACUUUUCCAGUCUACAGGGAAUUCCUAUUUUAGAUCUCCGUACUAUUUCUUCAGUCGCAAUUACAAUAAUGUCGUCAACUGCAGAUCUGCUGUGGCUCUACAGGAAAUGGGCUGAUUUGCCCAAUAUACCUGGAUGGAAUGGAUUUAUGGAAGAAGUGACAGUAAACCAUUUAUAUCAGAAAUCUUUUAUAGCUUGUUUGCCAUUCAUUAAUGCACCACCAACUAACUCCGACAUAAUUUUUACUGUUUUAGCAUCAGCCUCUGAGAAACGUCAAUAA